AUGAUUGAUUACAACUCCCAAGAAGAAUUACCCUGAAAGCCUGAUCCUAACAAGAAGAUCCUGUAUGACUCAAAAGGAGUUAAAUGGUAUAAAAAGGGCCUUAACUCCUCAGGACGGAGGAUAUUCCUGACAUGAGCACUUCCUGGAUGUCAAGCGAGGGCUUAUAGCAUCGUAGGUGAUGAUAUCUUAGUGCUUACCAAGUUUCACGAGCUUUCUGUGCAUCAUGAUUAUUCCAACAAGAAGUCUAAAAAACCUACCAAAUACAAACGGAUCAAGGAACAUAAUGAUCUUUAUAUGAGUAAUAGGAAGCGAAAAGAAGAAAAUUUACACCACCAACCUCGAGUUUCAAAAUCCAAGUUUAAGCUUUAUGAUGAGAGACAAGAACAAACCUUAUUUCAAGUGAAACAAGAAUUCCUAGAACAACCUGACCCAUUUUUGCUCUUUAACCCUCCAGAUAUUUCCAACGCUCGAAUAGUCAAGAACACUAGCAAUCUUGAAAUCAUGGAUUAUAAGAAAGAAAUACAAGGCUUAAGAGAAAGCCUCGAAGAGAUUUUAAAAUUCCAAGAAGAGAAUCAAUCAAAGCUUGAUUAUUUCUCAUCACUAGUUCAAAGCAAAGAUCCAACUGUAAUGAACAUCCUUACAGAUAUUAAAAACAUAAAAGAAGAAGAUACAAUUAAAGUCGAAAAAUUAACUAAUCCAGAAUGGUCAAAAGGCUUAUGAAAAAUAGAGAACAAACCAGAGGGUGCCAUGCCUUCCCAACCAUGCUCUAACAGUUACACUUCAGAUAAUUUCGCUUAGCCACCUUUCAAUCUUUGGGAAAAAUUAA